CCGCUAGCAGAGACAUCUGUGUGAAUGUUGUGCAAAUAGUCUUGUUGUUUUCCUUUUUGUGGAGCUCCUUUAGCCGUGAAGAAGUCUGAUAAGAGUCGGUUUUCCCUGAUAUUUUCAUUCCUGACUACUACACAUAACCUCACUGCGAUGGACGGAACUGCCCACUUGCUCGAGGAGGUGGAUAAGAAACUGAUGGUGCUUCUCAGGGACGGCCGGACACUCAUCGGCUACCUCAGGAGUGUGGAUCAGUUUGCCAAUCUCGUCCUGCAUCGCACAAUUGAGCGGAUUCACGUGGGUAACGAGUAUGGCGACAUUCCGCGGGGCGUCUUUAUCAUUCGCGGUGAGAAUGUGGUGCUGCUGGGCGAGAUAGAUCGCGAGAAGGAGAACAAUCUGCCUCUGACCGAAGUCUCUGUGGACGACAUCUUGGACGCCCAGCGACGCGAGCAGGAGCAGCGCCAUGAGAGGCACAAAUUCAUCUCCAAAGCCCUCAAAGAGCGCGGAUUCAAUCUCAAUGCCGAUCUCACGCACGAUGAUCUGUACUGA